AUGAGCGUAGCUAAGUCUAAGGAGGCGUUCGUCGCGAAGGCCGGCGGUUCUUACGGGUAUAAGGGACGAACAAAGUGGCAAAUUGAUGAGAUGCGCAUGAACGAGUUCCCACAACUGAGCGGUAGAGUGUACUUGGACCACGCAGGUGCGACCAUUUACUCUAAGACGCAGCUGAAUGCAGUGUUUCAAGAACUUCAAGGUACAUUAUUUGCUAAUCCGCACAGCGCUUUAGGUGGUGACGAGGUUGAGUCAACAACUGCCAGGAUUGACCGAGUGCGAAGCCAGGUGCUAAAUUUUUUCUCGGCAAGCGAGCACGAGUACACGCUAAUCUUUACAUCGGGGGCGACUGCGGCGCUAAAACUCGUCGGAGAAAGCUUUCCAUGGACCUCAAAGAGCACAUUUGCUCAUUCGAUGGACUCGCAUACUAGUGUCCUUGGAAUCAGAGGCUAUGCAGCGGCACAUGGGUCAUCUGUGAAGUGCGUUGGACUAAACGAGCUUGAGGAUUUGGAGAAAGUUAAAACCGCAAACAAGCAAAUAUUAUCUAGCACAGCAAGCAAUUCACCAGCUAAGCAUUCAACGACCUGUUCCACAAGCUUGUUUGCCUAUCCUGCAGAGUGCAAUUUUAGCGGCGUGCGGCAUUCACUAGAGCUCGUACAUCCGAUACGGGCUGGUCGUUGGAAAAAUGGUUCACACAAAACCAAGCCUACCACGAGAUGGCUUGUGCUAGUUGAUGCAGCCAAGUACGCUGGCACCCAUCAGCUUGAUCUUUCGAGGAAUAACCCGGAUUUUGUGGUUCUUUCCUUUUACAAAAUGUUUGGCUAUCCAACUGGACUGGGUGCCUUGAUCGCUCGAAAAGAAGCGCUAUCGUUGCUGACGAGAGUGUACCAGGGCGGUGGCACGAUUCAAAACAUCUUGGCUGGUCAAAAUUAUGCUUUACCACUUGGUCAAGACCACAAGGCUGGUGCAAGCUCUCGUUUCGCUGACGGCACACCGUCAUUCCUAUCAAUUCUUGCUUUGCGUCACGGAUUUAGCCAAAUCAGUAAGCUUGGUAUGACAAACAUUUCAGCUCAUACCGAGGUACUAAGGAUGUGGCUUGUUGACAAGCUCACUGAUAUGAAGCACUGGAAUGGACGUUUAGUGUGUGAGAUUUAUGGCAGCUACAGCACUGAUAGACAACCUGCCAGACAGGGGCCGAUCGUUGCAUGCAAUUUUCGUCGGUCAGAUGGCAGCUACAUCGGAUAUUAUGAGGUUCAAAAACUCGCGGAUAUCCAUGGCAUUCACUUGCGUACAGGUUGCUUUUGUAACCCUGGUGCAUGCCAACACUACCUUAACUUAAAGGACUCUGAUUUGCUCGCGAGCUUUGCCGCCGGCCACGUCUGUGGAGAUAAUAUUGACGUGGUGAAUAAUUUACCUACUGGUGCCGUUCGCUUGUCUUUGGGAUAUAUGACAACGUUUGAAGACGUCCAUUCUUUUGUGGAGUUUGUGCUCACCUAUUUUGUAUGUAAGACAGCAACAGCAGACGUGACCCCAAUUUUGAAGCCUCCCUUAUCACCAAUUGCAUCUGAAUCUCCUCAUCUCUGCAAGCUCACGUUAUAUCCAAUUAAGUCGUGCGCAGGCAUGACUGUCGAAACUUGGCCAGUCGGGUCGAGAGGGUUGCUUUUCGACCGAGAAUUCGCAAUUGUAGAGGCAUCUACAGGUAAUGCUUUAACGCUUAAAGUGUUGCCAGACCUUUGCUUCUUGCAUCCUAUCAUCGAUCUCGAGCGCAAAACACUUACAAUUACGUAUUGCAAAUCCAACAACGACGAGUCGUUACACUCCCCAGCUUCACAAUUAUCAAGCAAGGUUUCUCUAAAUACAUCCUUUACGAUAUCGCUACGCGUCGACACUUCUACGGCUAAGCAGCAAAGCAGCGAUAAUCCUCGUAGUAUGCGUAUUUGUUCUGGAACCUGCAAAGGGUGCGACGUUGACUCUGAAGUCUCUCGAUGGCUCAGCUCAUGGCUAGGACGACAAUGCGCGCUAGUGCGAGUGUCUACCAGCUACCUCCGUGUGUCUCAUACAAGUCUACAAAAGACACUUCCCACGCUACCUCAACAAAAUUCAAAGACUUGGGACCCUGAAGUACCCAACAUUGCGACUCGUGAAGCUAGGACCAUCGGGUUUGCCAACCAGGCACAAUAUUUGCUCAUUUCUCGCCAGAGUAUUGCGCAUUUCGACACAAAACUCAGCGCUAUCGAUCGCGCUCUUCAUAUUAAUGAAGACGCAUUUCGUGCCAAUUUAAUUGUGGACGGGUGCUUAGAGCCAUUUGAGGAAGAUACUUGGAAGCGCGUACGUAUCGGCAGAACUACAUUUGACGUCUCGGGCCCAUGUAGCCGCUGCAGCAUCAUCAAUCUUGAUCCGCACUCGGGUGUCUUUCAUCGCCAGCCACUACAAGUGCUCUCUACCUAUCGACGACAACGCAGUAGUAUUUACUUCGGACAAUUUCUCAUAGCUGAUGCUAGCAGAGAGGAGACACGAUGGCUGAGUGUUGGUGACAAAGUUGAAGUCGUCAACAUGGCCUUGCAAUAA